AGUGACAGUCUCUCAGUUCAUGAAACAUAGAAUCUCCUGUGCUGCUUGGUCCAGAGAUUGUGUCAUCAUGGCAAAAAUAUGUUUGUGGACUUACCUGUUUACCCUGAUCAGAGUGUCUUGUCUUAUGUUGGGUGCAACAGCAGACAGCGAUUGCUCAGAGGACAACCUGCCUAUUGAAGGUGGACACUACACUCUAAGUAAAGGUGUUAAGGUUGGCAGUGUGCUGGUCUACCACUGUCCAUCUGGGUACUAUUCUCCCGUCAGAAGUCGACGCUGUCUGGGAAAUGGGAAGUGGGAUCCUCUUCCAAAACGCUCAAGACCUACCAGACCUGGACUGCAGUGCAAACUUGUCAGAUGUCCUUACCCCCUUGGAUUUCAGCAUGGAUCAGUUUCACCGUUGCAGGACAAAUACUAUGUGAAUGACACUACGACGUAUGAAUGCUUUUCAGACUACAAACUCUCUGGGUCUGAGACUCGUGUUUGCAAUGCCAAUGGAAAGUGGAGUGGUAGCACACCAAUAUGCAGUCGUAACAGUGAUCACUGCCCAGAUCCUGGAGUUCCUGCAGGAACUCGCCGGACAGGUAACGAAUUCUACAUCGGCGACAAGGUCGCCUACCGCUGUGAGGAUGCACUGACGCUUAUUGGCUCCAAUGAGCGGACGUGCAAGGAGAGCGGCGAGUGGACUGGACAGGAGCCAGAGUGCUACUAUGAGUAUACAUAUGACACACCAGUAGAAAUUGCCGAGGUAUUCAGCAAAUCCAUUCAAACAACCUUAACUGAGGACGUUAAUAAACAACAAGGGAAGAAAAUAAACCUGGAUAAGGAUGGGAAUCUCCACAUCUACAUUGCCCUUGAUGCUUCGGAUAGUAUUGAUAUCAACAUAUUUAAUCAGUCGAGGGAUGUCAUUAAGCAGCUCAUUGAGAAGAUUUCCGACUAUGAGGUGUCCCCCAAAUAUGAUAUUGUAGUUUUUGCCACAAAGGUGACCAAAAUUGUAGACAUAACAGACUACUACUAUAAACGGACUGCCAAGGAACUUUUUGAAGUCAUCGAAGAUUUGGACAGGUUUGAUUAUGACAAAAUCAGAGAUAAUGCAGGAACAAAUAUUGCUGAAGCUUUUCACCACAUUUACCAUCAAAUGAGCUUGAUGAAGACUAGAGCUGAGCUUGAGAACAGCAUUGAGUUUGAGAACAGCAGUCACAUCAUUAUCAUGUUCACUGAUGGUGAAGCCAACAUGGGUGGCAAACCGGAUGGUAAAAUCAAUCAAAUCAAGGAUAUAAUACUUGGAAACAAAGACAACUCACGGACUCUUGAGAUCUACAUGUUUGGCGUGGGCGAAAUCGAUGACAUGCAGAAAGCUGAUCUCAAUAGUUAUGCAACCAAAAAAGACAAAGAAAAGCAUGUCUUUUAUGUGGACGACAUGAAGAAACUGCACGAGACCUUUGACCUAAUGCUUGAUGAGAGCACCAGUGUAGGUUUGUGUGGACUCCACAGGGACUACAGAUAUAAAGAUGCAAGUCCUCCGAACCCGCCAAACCCUAUGAAACAACCUUGGCUGGUUAAAAUCAGUGUCACGCAUGAAAAUGGACUUUCCUCCAAUUGUUUGGGUUCUCUCAUCACUCCCCGUUGGGUCUUAACGGCUGCCCAUUGCUUCAAGUUCGGAGACUUAAGCGAAAAAAUCUAUAUAACUCUCAGCUCUGGCGAGAUUGCAGUGGUGAAAAAGUUCACUCUGCAUAAAGAAUUUAAUAUAAGUUCGAAAAAGGAUAAAGGAGUAUCUGAAUCUUAUGACUAUGAUGUGGCUCUUAUUCAACUAAAUGAAACUAUUAAGGUCUCUGACAAGAAAAGACCCAUCUGCAUUCCCUGCACUAAAGAAACAAGUGCUGCUUUAAAACUGGUUGGCAGUGAUGAUACAUGUGAGAGACAUGAGAAGAUAUUGUUGAAUAAAGACCAUGUGCAAGCAAUAUUUCUGUCAAAAGAAAGGAAAAUGAAACAUGCCUUGAUCAAGCAAGGAAUGCAUCAGAAGAAGUCCUGCUUUGAAAUGGCCAUAAAUGCUAAUGGUGUAUCCCCUAAAGCUAAAUACACAGACGUUGUGACUGACAUAUUCCUGUGUACUGGGGGGAUUGAUCCCCAGACUGAUGAUGCUGCUUGUAAAGGAGAGUCUGGUGGUGCUUUGUUUCUUGAAAGGAACAGCCGCUCAAUUCAGGUUGGAGUUAUCAGUUGGGGUGUGCAGGACAUUUGCACAGGGGUUUCAGAAAAAUCCAGUGCAACACACAGAGACUAUCACAUCAGCCUCUUUAAAGUACAAGUACAGCAGUUCUUGAAGGACAACGUGAAGGAUGGAGUAACAUUUCUAAACUGAAACUAUGACCUCAUAUUUUCCAAAACAAUUUCUGUCUACAGUGUCAAUUUAACUUUUAAUUGAUUUGAUAUAAAGGAAAUGUAUGCUUUUAGUGUAUUUAAAACACAUUCAAUAUCGUGCUAACCUGAAAACAUUGUGCAAAAAAACUAUAAAGAUUACAUUUUGAAUUUGA